AUGAUGUUGAGAGAGACUUUUGGACUGUAUUUGAGCUUUACCGGUUACGGCGUCGAAUUGGAGUUGCUAAUAGUCUUUGCUGAGACGGGAGCUACAUCACUGCAGCAGUAUCUCCCAGUUCUCGAAAGCUACAUUUUAGAUGUCGUUCUUUAUAUCUGUGUUACAUUCGUCUUGAAAUAUGCAAAACCAGUAUCAGAUAAGCGGACUUUUCGAAGACCUGAUCUUAGCCAAGUGCUGUCUCCUGUUGAUUCCUGUCACCAAGGUAUAAUAGAAAGUGACGGAGAUAAACCACCUAAACGGACUGUCAGGACAUUCAAAAAUGCAGACGCUUUGUGCCAAAUGAUGGCUUUCUAUGAACCACUGUUCCAAAAGAAUGAGUGUAUAGAGUGGGCGAUACAGGAUGUCGUUGUUCGCACUUCUUACGUCAAAAGUAGCAGUCUCAAUGAUACCACACCGUUUUGUAUUUUCGGUGUAAAGGCUGUGCUUUGCUAUUGCGCUGGCAACAGCUGUUUUCGUCAUUCUUGGUCUAUAGUGGAGUUUCUGCUGCAGCUGUACCGUAAUAAUGAAAAGAAAAGCCUUCGGGAGUUCAGAGCCCCAUUUGACACGUAUAAUAUAGAUCAUAUGGCUCAAAGAAAGAACUUUUGGUGCUUUCUAAAAGCAUUUCGAUACCGAUUUUAUGACAUUGAGAUACCAGAUAUGAUACCUCACUACCGUAGUUCCACUUUGGAGGAAGACUGGACAAAAUUCUACGAAGAAAUUACUAGGCGAUUCCCAGAAAAAACGGACGAUAAAAAGAAAGGGGAUGUGGACGGUGAUAAGAAAAAAGAUGGCGAUGAGAAAAAGGAUGAGGGAGGAAGAAAACGGAAAAAUCGCUUGUUCGCGGUGGCGGCCUUCAUGGGAGGUUUCAAUGCGUUAACAAUCUGCGCAAUUGUGACGUUCUUUAUUUGGUAUAAGAGUUAUGUUAAAAAGGAAAAGUUAAAGCAAGCUACUUUGCAGGCAGCUGAAGAGCAAGCAAGUGAACCGUCUUCAACAACACCUGGUGCUCCCUCACCAGUAGCUGCCUCACCUGCACCAGCUGCGGCACCAGCACCAGCUCCAGGAGCAGUCCCAGUUGCUGCUCCACAGCCAGUUGUACAGCAAGCUGUCCAAGGAUUUCCAGGAGUUGACCCAGGAGUUGCUCCGGGAGCCGUCCCAGUGGCUCCAGCUGAAGCGCCAGCACCUGCAGCUCCUGAGCAGUUUGUCCCAGAGGGUAUCGUACCCGAUCCUGCCCCACCGCCCGAUUCGCUCGUGGUCAAAUUUUGAGAAGAUUUCGUUGUACAGUAACAUUCAUGCUAUCGCUAUUCUACAGGCUUUAAAAAUUGCUUUUUUCGUUUGAAUUUGAGUGAUGCAUAAACGAACUUUCUUUCACCACUACAGUGCUCUAACAAUGGAGCUAAACAAAGCGUUUAAGC